CCAGGGCUGUGCCUUCCUGCCAUGCCAGGAAUGCUGUGAGCCAGCACCACAGGCCACUUGUGCUCACUGGGAAUUCUUAAAAGACCACUUUGCCUGUUAAUUAAAAAAGCUCAGUUGACUAAAGAUGAGUAACUCACUUAAUUAAACUGAUGUUAAAACGACUCCUGGGCUGUGCAGGUGGAAGGAAAAGGGUUUGGAAUCAGGAUUUCUGGGUGGUCCUUUAGGGUGACAAAGUAUUACCUUGGAGAGUGGCAUUUAUCAUGUGUUAUGUUUCCUAAACUCGUGUCCAGCUGCACAUCCUGCAAAACACUUGCAGAGAAGAAAGUUGUGGCCCAGGUGUUACAGGUGGAUCCAGGGAGAGUCACCCCUGCCUGACGUGAGACCUGCAGAGCCUGGGGGGAGCACGGGAGUUAAAUGGGAAUUCCAUCCCGGGCUUUGUGAUUUUGUGGUGUAGUCUGACCUCCACUUUUGGAUUGCGCUCAACUGGAACAGGCUGGGGUGUGGUGGUUGCUCUUCCCGUGGUUUUCCAUGUGCUAAAUGUGUCCUUUCUCCUUGGUGUCCUCAUGGAGAGGGUUGGUUCUGCUGGGGUGUUAUUUGUUGGUGCCAGAGCUUGAGAAGAGUCUCCAAGGAGACUCAGACCUCAUCCUUGUGCUCACCCCGUGGUUUCCCGAUGGUGUUUGGUGCUAAACGUGGCAAAUGAGGCUGCCCAAAGGACCUGGCUCAGAUCUCAUCCUGUGCCAUGAGAUGGGGUCCUGUCACACCCCCAGCCGGUGGCUUUGGGCAGCAAACGGGAGGUUUUCUGCCUGACAAACAUCAGUGAAACCCGAUUUGUUCCUUUUCCCUGAAGUUUUCCCCACAGUGGGAUGUGUUUGCUCCUGGAUGUGAGAUUCUGAUGAGCAGAAGGAAUCUGGGGUUUGCUUUCUGCAGUGCCUUUGAUUUGAGGUCCCUCCCUGCUGAGACUGGGGGUGCAGGGGGGUGUUUUUAGCCCGUCCUAAUUAAGAGGAUCAUUAUCCCUGUUUUGUGCCACAGGAGGACGCUGUGGAACAAGAGCUGGUUCCUGCUGUUCCUCUGAGUGCCCACCCCAUCUCUGUGACAUGGCAAAUUAGAUGAUCACUUCAGCCUUCACAGCAGGUGCCUCUUGAUGGAAGAGCACGGCGUGGCGCCGGCGGAGCACAUGGCGACCAUCGAGGCGCACGCCGUGGCCCAGCAGGUGCAGCAGGUGCACGUGGCCACCUACACGGAGCACGGCAUGCUGAGCGCCGACGAGGACUCGCCCUCCUCCCCCGAGGACACGUCCUACGACGACUCCGACAUCCUCAACUCCACGGCCGCCGACGAGGUCACGGCUCACCUGGCGGCUGCAGGCCCUGUUGGGAUGGCAGCAGCCGCUGCCGUGGCCACGGGGAAGAAACGGAAGCGACCCCACGUCUUUGAAUCCAACCCAUCCAUCAGGAAGAGGCAGCAGACACGUUUGCUCAGGAAGCUCCGGGCCACGCUGGACGAGUACACCACGCGCGUGGGGCAGCAGGCCAUCGUGCUCUGCAUCUCACCCUCCAAACCCAACCCCGUCUUCAAAGUGUUCGGCGCCGCGCCCUUGGAGAACGUGGUCCGCAAGUACAAGAGCACCAUCCUGGAGGACCUGGAGUCGGCGCUGGCAGAACACGCGCCGGCGCCUCAGGAGGUGAACUCGGAGCUGCCCCCCCUCACCAUCGACGGCAUCCCCGUCUCCGUGGACAAGAUGACCCAGGCACAGCUGAGAGCCUUCAUCCCUGAGAUGCUCAAGUAUUCCACGGGCCGUGGGAAGCCGGGCUGGGGCAAGGAGAGCUGCAAACCCAUCUGGUGGCCCGAGGACAUUCCCUGGGCCAACGUCCGCAGCGACGUCCGCACAGAGGAGCAGAAGCAGCGGGUGUCCUGGACCCAGGCCCUGAGGACCAUCGUGAAGAACUGCUACAAGCAGCACGGGCGCGAGGACCUGCUCUACGCCUUCGAGGACCAGCAGACCCCGCAGACCACGACCACGCACAGCAUCGCCCACCUGGUGCCCUCCCAGACCGUGGUACAGACCUUCAGCAACCCCGAUGGCACCGUGUCCCUCAUCCAGGUUGGCACCGGUGCCACGGUGGCCACCUUGGCCGACGCCUCCGAGCUGCCCACCACGGUCACCGUGGCACAAGUGAACUACUCUGCAGUGGCUGAUGGAGAGGUGGAGCAGAACUGGGCGACGCUGCAGGGGGGUGAGAUGACCAUCCAGACGACGCAGGCGUCGGAGGCCACGCAGGCGGUGGCGUCGCUGGCAGAGGCGGCGGUGGCAGCGUCCCAGGAGAUGCAGCAGGGAGCCACUGUCACCAUGGCCCUCAACAGUGAAGCUGCUGCCCACGCCGUGGCCACGCUGGCCGAAGCCACUCUCCAAGGGGGGGGACAGAUAGUCCUGUCUGGAGAAACGGCGGCGGCGGUCGGAGCCCUCACCGGCGUCCAGGAUGCCAAUGGGAAAGUGGAGCCAAAUGAGUCGCUAGCAGCUUGGCAAAGUGCAGAUCAGCUUGCUUGCAUCGAGGAGGACAGGAAGGGAAGAGUCAAGCUUGUUAUAGGGCCUUCCUGGUGGGAACAGAAUUUUUUAAUGAAGGUUUACCCUGAAACAGGGCUCGUGCAGAUCCCGGUGAGCAUGUACCAGACCGUGGUGACCAGCCUGGCCCAGGGCAACGGCCCCGUGCAGGUGGCGAUGGCGCCGGUGACCACGCGGAUAGCGGACACGGCCGUCACCAUGGACGGGCAGGCGGUGGAGGUGGUCACCCUGGACCAGUGACCCGCAGCAAGUCCCCAAGCCUCUUUACUCGGCUGCAGAUUUUUUUUUACUCCUCUCCAGAGAUGCAAUCAGGUGGCGUUCGGAGUCUCCCAGCUUUGGAAGCGUAAAAAAACAAAAAAAAAUAACAAACCCACAGGUUUUGUUGAUCUUUUUUUUUUUUUUUUUUGGUCGUUUUGUUUUGUUUUGUUUGUUUGGGUUUUUUUUUUUAAAGGAAAAAAAAAUUACUAAAAAAGAAAAACCGAGAAAAGAGUCCUGAGAUCCUGGCAGAGGAUGUCGGUGUAAAAAAGUGCAUUUUUUGUAGCGCCGCUCCGCUCCCGGAGGAGCCACAUUGUGACUUUUGGGAUUCCGAGGAGGUUCAAAAGAAAACGAAAGCAAAUGUUUAGCCCCGUUUUUCAAACCCCCAGCCCACCCCCGGCCGCGGGACGGAGCAGGACGAGGCCAGCGGGGAGCGUGGACAACCCUCGGCUGCUCCUGCCCCUCCCGGGCACGGCAAAGCAGGCACGGACCGCUUUUAAUACGGACUUUUGUAGGACAAAAACCCACCCAGAACGGGGGAAAAAAAAAAAGUUGGGAAAAGACUCCUCUCCUGGGAAAAAAAAAAAAAACAACCAAACCAAACCAAACUGCACGUGUGACUGCAGGGGGUGGCACCUCCCGAAGGGAUGAUGCUCCUCCAGGAGAGCCCAGCCUGGCCCGCCCGGCUCCCCUUGGUGCACACUGGAGACCUGCCCCCACUUCUCUGCUCUGAAAGUACCUGCCAUUCUGCCCCUUGGGUUUUUCUUUAUUAUUAUUAUUAUUAUUGUCGUCGUCGAUGUCGUUGUUAUUAUUAUUAUUUUCCCGGUUUCGUGGCUCUUCAUCCGGAGCGGAAGCGCCUCCGAAGGGGCUCUGGCUGCGUCCCCACCACGUCCCCAGGAUCUUCCUCGCCAAAGAGCCGCCUCGGGCUCAUCCCCCUCCCCACUUCCCUCCUUUCCCCCUUCCCAGGACCCUCAGCUUCCCCUUCCCAGCCCUGGAGAUCUGAUUCCCAUGGGAAAAGUUUUGCCUGAGGGUAGUGGGGGGAUGCGAGUGCAGGCCCUUCCCUCUGGGGUUUGGGGAACCCCCCCUUUGGGCAACCCUCCCUUUUGGGGAACCCUCCCUUUGGGAACCCCCCUUUGGGACCCUCUCUUUGUAGGGGACCCUCUGCACCCCAGAUCCAGGCUCCCAGUCCUUCCCUGUGCAUCCCCCAGCAGGGUUUUUAAUCCCAAAAUCCUUCCCAGGAGGGUUCAAAAAAGCCUCAAGGGGAUUUCUUUUUGAAGGGGGGGGUGUGGGGUGUGGAAUUUUACUGGACAUCCCACCCCCACCCCCAGCAGUUCCCACGGGAUUUAAUUUGGGGGUUCUUUUUUUUGGGGUGUUUUUUAUUCCCAUCCCCACGUGGCCAUUCAAGUUCCCCCCGUCUCACUCCGAGGGAGUUUUCAGAUUCUUGUAUUUACUUGUUUUAUAUGGAGAAAAAAACCCCACCCAAACCCCACUCCCACCCCCCCCCUUUCCAACGUUCUUUGUACACAGUUCUUGGGUCCUUUUCCAGGGGAGGGGGGAGAUCUUUCCACAGGAACAGUCCUGGUUCUCCAACUUACGGCUGAUUUUGGUUUUUAAUGAUUAUUUUUCUAUGGUCGUGGUGCAGAUGUCGGUGGCUUUUCAAGUCCGUGUUUUCUUUGGCGAUGAAAUGAGGUUCUUUUAGUCCCAGAGGUUCCCUCCCCCAAAAAAAACCAGGCAAAACCCAGGAAAAUAGCAGAGCAUGGACCCCCUCCCCCCUUGUUUUCCCAGUGUCUGUUAUUGCCUCAUUCAAUAAAUUGUUACAAAUGUGUCUA